UUUUUUUUUUUGUCUUACACAUUACUCCUUUGACUUUUUUUUUAACAGAAAAGUAUAUAAAUCCGUCAAGAUGGGUAAAGUUCAUGGAUCGCUCGCUCGUGCUGGUAAAGUUAAAUCUCAAACUCCUAAAGUUGAAAGACAAGAAAAGAAAAAAAAGAAGGCUGGUCGAGCUAAAAAACGUAUUUUAUAUAAUCGUCGAUUUGUUAAUGUAACCAAUAUGAUCGGUGGAAAACGAAGGAUGAAUCCUGCUCCAACAACCACAUAAAUACCAUAUUUUACAUUUCAAUUAGUUAUAAUUAAUAAAUCUUAUUCACUUAUAUGAUCUUGUUUUUAUUUUGUUAUAUCCAUCGGCGAUAGAUCUUUAUAAUAGUGAGUUAGUAUAUGUUAUUUUGAUGAGUACAUAUUUCAAGUGAGGAUAAAAAAGCAAUAAAU